GUAUUAAACUCUGUGGGUGAGAUUUUAUUGCCAGUGGGACACUUAGUUAUUUGUAAGCUCUUCGAGUUAAUUCUUUCUGUACAGUAAAUUCCAUGGGUAUGGUCUCCUUGUAAAAUAAAGUGUGGAGCCUUAGACGAGUAAGCUCUGCAGACUCAGUGCCUCCAUCUCCUCUCUUUCCCGGUGCCGGCGGUGGCACGGUGCGGGUGACUCGGUUGUGCUGUCCUUGGUCACUCUUUCUGAGCACCAGAGCCUGCAGUUGCACGAGUUCCACGGAAAGCCAAGUGUCUGCUACUCACAUACGUGUUGACGAACUCAUUCUAGGAAUUAAUUUUUGUAACUUUAUCAAUUUUCCAACACCUGGAGACUCCUACUUUCUACCUCGUAUAAAAUUUCCUCGGCUUGGUACUGCAUCGUUCAACAACUAGGGAUGUGUUUCCGUCACCUCUCACACCCCGCUCGGCAGGAGGAGUAGGAAUGUCCACAAGGAGGCCCCAAGAACCUCGAGUCAUGAACCGAGCCCCGAGUGCCGCUCUCCGGCAGGUCCGCCCCACCGGCGCCCCCGGCCAGUUGCUGAAGUAAAACUUCUAUCCUCCCCAUGCUAACUGUUGACAUGGAAAACAAGGAAAAUGGCUCUCUGGAUGUCAAAAAUUCAGUAGAGAAUGGGAGACCUCUGGAUCCUGCUGACUGGGCUGUUACCGAUGUUGUGAAUUAUUUCAGAACAGCUGGAUUUGAAGAACAAGCCAAUGCUUUUCAGGAACAGGAAAUUGAUGGCAAAUCAUUACUGUUGAUGACAAGAAAUGAUGUACUGACUGGACUUUCAUUAAAACUGGGGCCUGCGCUGAAAAUCUAUGAAUAUCACGUAAAACCUCUACAGACACAACAUCUAAAGAACAACUCUUUAUAGCUAACUGUCUAAUUGGGGUCAUGCUGUGCCUCAAAGGAAAAAUAAGCAAUUUGGUUUCAUGUGAUGGAACUUUGUAAAGAGAGAAUAUAUCUAUUAAGAGUUUAAACCAAAUUAGAAUAUAUAUCCUAUUGGAUAGAGCUGGCAAUAUACUGUAUACUGAGUCUGAACUGAGAGAAGUGGUGUGUAUUUUUUACAUAGUACAUAAUGAUUUUCUCUUUUAGGAAGUGUCAAUGAGCAUGUUGAGAUAGCUACAUCACUGUAUCCAGAACAAAAGGGAGGUAUGUCAUUCUCAUUUUUGAGCCAGACAUGUUCUUGAUUUCAUUAAGAUACCAAAAAAUUAAAUAAAAACAACCCCAAAGUUUACAUGCAUCUUUAGAGAGAGGAACCAAUCAAAGUAGGUUUUGGUUUACACUAAAGACCUACUAAAAUUAUUACUACUUAUAAUUUCAGGAUGGGACUGACACUUGCCAAGUCACCCUUUUUUGCAGAGGGUCCUAUUUUGACCUUAUUAAGGUUUACCCAUGGUAUGCUGCAAUGUUUAAAGCUGUACAUAGAACUAACAUAACUCCUUCCAUAGCAGAAGGUGUUGCUGACAGGUGAAACUGGGUUGUGUAUUUUUUGCUGUCCUUUAAAUUUUCAGCUUUUCACCUGUUUUUAAUAGUAGUCCUAUGUAAAAUAUAGUUGGUUUUUAAAGGUUUGUGUUGCUUUGCAAACAAAAAAGCUCCAUUUUAUUCCUUUUUUAAUUUAUGAUUGUUUUCUAACAUUAUGCAGAAAUUUGUAAAAAGUAAAAUUCUGCACAUUUUUAAUAUUGUCUGUCUUUGGUGUUGUAAUGAUUGAUUUUUUUUAAUGCUUUACUUAACACUUUGAAUACUGGUUUUAAGAACUGAAAGAAGCUGUCUUGUCACCAUACAUCUCUGUUAAAAGAGAGUCAUGUUCAAUCUGUUUGUACCGGUUCCCUAUUUGAUAGGUUGCUUGCUAUAUCCCAAUAAAACAUUGCUUAUGUUUGGAUUCA